CCACACAGGCUCCCUCUAACGGCCAAUAGUAAUGCAAACCAUUUCAACCCGUAUUUUUCUGAACACUUCCAUAUGUCAAAUAUUUGUGUGUGGUAGCACUGACAAUUUCCGUCCUCCAUCUUUUUGCUUUGAGGUUUUCAAGAUGCCGCCAAAGAAGGACGCAAAAUCGUCGGCUAAACAGCCACAAAAAACACAAAAGAAGAAGGAAGGUAGCGGUGGCGGCAAAGCCAAGAAGAAGAAGUGGUCCAAAGGAAAAGUCAGGGACAAGUUGAACAAUCAAGUUCUUUUCGAUAAGGCUACCUACGAAAAGUUGUACAAGGAAGUUCCCCAGUACAAAUUGAUUACUCCCUCUGUAGUCUCUGAACGUUUGAAGAUCCGCGGUUCCUUGGCCAAGCGUGCUUUGAUUGAAUUGCGCGAGAAGGGUUUGAUUAAACAAGUCGUCCAACACGCCUCUCAAGUCAUUUACACACGUGCCACCAAGGGUGAUGAUGCGUAAAUGUGUCGUUAACAUUUCCCUAAGACAUGUUUUACAUAUUUUUUUGUAUUAAAUGACUUAAAGGUAAAAAAAGAAAA